AGGAAGGAGGCAACAGGUGUUGUGCUUGAUCUGGUUCCCCCGUGAGAUUUUGUUCCCCCUGCCGCGGGAGCGCGCACGCCUUUUUGGAAAGCAAAAACCGAUGUCGUACGGCGUCGUACGGCGUCAGCACUACGUUGUUUUCAAUAAAAACAUGAAGCACAACAGGAAGGAAGUUGGGGGGCGUUUAUGUGGGGUAGGGGGGCUCCGAAUUCAUUCAGUGUUUUCCCCGGUUAGGUUAGUCUCGAACAAUUACCGGGUCGAUAUACAAUAUUGCUUUUCCAUAACACUUGGGUUAUGGCGGUGAUGAAGAUACAAGAUCAGCCAUCCUUGCUCAGAGCCAUCUUCAAUUUCGACCCAGAGGAAGUUCGAGCCCUCAUAUUCAAGAAAGAGGAUGUCAAUAUUCAGGAUACUGAAAAGAGGACACCACUACAUGCUGCAGCCUACCUGGGUGUCACUGAGAUCAUUGAGCUGCUCAUCCUCUCAGGAGCCAGAGUUAAUGCCAAAGAUAACAAAUGGUUGACCCCACUUCACCGUGCGGUGGCUUCAUGCAGCGAGGAUGCCGUGGCCGUGCUGCUGAAGCAUAGCGCCGAUGUCAACGCCAGGGACAAGAACUGGCAGACGCCACUUCACGUAGCGGCGGGCAACAAGGCCGUGCGCUGCGCCGAAGCGUUAGUCCCGCUGCUCAGCAAUGUCAACGUGUCGGACCGGGCAGGACGCACCGCUCUGCACCACGCUGCCUUUAGUGGACACAUGGAGAUGGUGAAGUUGCUGCUGUCAAGAGGCGCGAACAUCAAUGCAUUCGACAAGAAGGAUAGGAGGGCCAUUCACUGGGCUGCCUACAUGGGUCACCUUGAGGUCGUUAAGUUACUGGUGAGCAGUGGAGCUGAGGUGGACUGUAAAGACAAGAAGGCCUACACCCCGCUGCAUGCAGCUGCUUCCAGCGGGAUGUGUGGUACUGUACACUACCUGCUGGGCUUGGGGGUCCAGGUGAAUGUCGCGAAUGCCUACGGCAACACUCCACUCCACCUGGCGUGUUAUAACGGCCAGGAUGUGGUGGUCAUUGAGCUCAUCAAGGCGGGAGCUGGCGUCAACCAGGUCAAUGAGAGGGGAUUCUCUGCCCUCCAUUUUGCCUCCUCCUCACGCCAAGGGGCACUGUGCCAAGAGCUACUGUUGGCCCAUGGGGCCCACAUCAACAUGCGGAGUAAGGAUGGAAAGACGCCCCUCCACAUGGCAGCUACCCAUGGCAGGUUCUCCUGCUCUCAGGCCCUCAUACAAAAUGGAGCCGAGAUUGAUUGCGUGGACAGGGACAGAAACACCGCCCUUCACAUCGCCGCACGCUACGGCCACGAGCUCAUCAUCACAGCGCUCGUCAAGCACAGAGCCUGCCUUGCCAAGAAAGGUAUUCACGGGAUGUUCCCGCUACACAUGGCAGCUCUCACCGGCUUCCCCGAUGGCUGCAGGAAGCUGCUGUCCUCAGGUACAUUCAUGUUGACACCUUUCCAAGGCCAUGGCAUCACCGUAGUUGACAGCUUAUUUGUCUCAGGAUUUGACAUUGACACUCCCGAUGAUUACGGACGGACCUGUCUACAUGCUGCUGCAGCUGGAGGGAACUUGGAGUGCCUGAAUCUGCUGCUAAACGUUGGAGCAGACUUUAACAAAAAAGACAACUAUGGACGGACUCCACUUCAUUAUGCAUCGGCCAACUGUAAUUACCACUGUGUGUUUGCCCUGGUGGGCUCCGGGGCAAGCGUCAAUGAGCUGGACCAGAGAGGCUGCGGCCCCCUGCACUACGCCGCUGCGGCCGACACCGAUGCAAAAUGCGUGGAAUACCUUUUGAGGAACAAUGCUGAGCCAGGUGUAAGGGACCAACAGGGGUACAGUGCUGUCCACUAUGCAUCAGCCUAUGGCCGCACACUCUCACUGGAGCUGAUGGCAAGUGAAACGCCUCUUGACGUGCUAAUGGAGUCUUCAGGAACAGACUUCCCAAGUGACUCUGAGAGCCACGGGCAAAUCAGUCCGCUCCACUUGGCGGCUUAUCACGGACACUGCGGAGCCUUAGAAGUCCUCUUGUCCUCCAUGCCAGAUGUGGACGUGUGUAACCCUCAAGGCCGCACCCCUCUCAGCCUGGCCUGCUCCAGAGGUCACCAGGAGUGUGUCUCGCUGCUACUGCACCGCGGCGCCUCACCUAUGGCCUUUGAUUACUCCCACAAAAUGACGGCUCUACAUGCUGCAGUUAUAAAUGGCCACUCGGGGUGCCUGCGACUCCUCAUGAGCAACAAUGACCAGCACAUCAAUUUGGACGCACUAGAUGUCAACAAGCAGACCCCGCUGAUGUUGGCUGUGCUGAAUGGACACACUGAGUGUGUGUAUUCGCUGCUCAGUCAAGGAGCCAAUGUCCAGGUCCAAGACCGCUGGGGCAGGACGGCCCUCCACCGAGGGGCGGUGACAGGCCAGGAGGAGUGUGUGGAGGCUCUCCUCCAGCGAGGGGCCAGCGCAUGUGUGAAGGACAUUCGCGGUCUCUCCCCUCUUCACUUGGCGUCCGCCUGUGGUCGUGUGGGCGUCCUUGGUGCUAUGCUGCAGGCGCCCGGCACCUCCAAUGCUCUCUUGCAGCAAACUGACAACAAAGGCUACACGCCGCUACACUGGGCCUGCUACAGCGGAUGUGAUGCUUGUGUAGAGUUGUUGUUAGAGCAGGAAGCCUUCCGGAAGAUAAAAGGCAACACGUUCAGCCCGUUGCACUGCGCAGUUAUGAACGACAACGAAGGAGUUGCUGAGAUGUUAAUCGAUUCCCUCGGGGCAAACAUCAUCGACUCCACCGACUCCAAGGGCAGGUCCCCGCUUCACGCUGCCGCUUUCGCAGAUCGCGUCGAGUGCAUUUCCCUGCUGCUCAGUCACCGAGCUCAGGCCAACAUUGCGGACACGCACACACGUAGGACGCCGCUGAUGAUGGCAGCUCUCAACGGGCAAACCAACGCCGUCGAGGUGUUGGUGAGCAGCAGCAAGGCAGACUUUGCUCUGCAGGACAUCGACAGGAACACAGCCUUACACUUGGCUUGUAGCAAGGGUCAUGAGACGUGUGCCUUGCUGAUCCUGGAGAAGAUCAGAGAUAAGAAUCUCAUUAACUGCACCAACGCCUCUCUGCGCACGCCACUCCACGUUGCAGCCAAAAACGGAUUAACAGUUGUUGUCCAGGAACUUCUGGGCAAAGGAGCAAGUGUGCAAGCUGUGGAUGAGAAUGGUUACACACCUGCUCUGGCCUGCGCCCCCACCCGCGACGUGGCCGACUGCCUGGCGCUCAUCCUCAACUCCAUGAUGCCCGCCUCGCCCAUGGUCACCAUAGCAACUCUGCCCGUCUUUUCCCUCCCUCACACGGUCAUCAACCAUCACCCCGUGUCCAAUCACGUGGCGAAGGGCGUGGCCUUUGACACCCUUCCUACUCUAAGGCCGGACCGCACGACGUACUGCCGACCCGAGCGCCCCCUCUCCAGCGUCACGACCGAUGAAGAACUGAACGACUCGGAUUCAGAGACCUACUGAGGACUGCGGCCACUCCCCGUAGCGUUGAAGGCCAGUGUGUCACUCAGGAACCUUAACAGAUCACUGACACAUAGAAAACACAAAAGAAGGGGGUAAAUGCAAAUAGAAACUAAAUUCAAUGAAACCAUCUUUUUGAUAGACCUUUAAAUAAUGCAAUGCUUACUUUAUUCGCUCACAGAAACAGUACACUACAUUUCUUUGGGGAACCAGUGGCAGGCAUUUGCUACCUGGUCUUUCACCAGGGAUUUACCAGAUGAUUAAUAUCGCCUCUCUGAUGGCAAUUGUAGGAACCUUCAAUACUUUCCAAACGUUUUAGUGAAGAGAAUAUCCGAGGACUAAUGAACACAAACUUGCAUAUUCUAAAUGGGACCAGGUGAGUGAAUGACAAGCCUUGCUUUUGGGCAUGUUAUAUUUUUAGAUCUUCAGACAACUUUGACACACAGAUCUUGGCGAACCACUAGAGAGGUUCCUAUUGAAGCUUGUAUGAAUUUGAAUUGAGAGGAACCGGAAUGAAUGCUUAGAAAAGGGAGUGCAUUCAACUUCUUUUUAUGAAGGAUUGUUAUGGAAUCAGCAGCCCCAACGACUUGAUGUUUGAGUGAGUAUGUGCAUGAGUGAGUAAUUAUUAAAUAUUGCCUUUUCAGGAAUAAGCACCUUUCCUGAAGGGGAUGAAGACUAUUUGGUGCAAUGUUUGUAAAGAAGAAGUCAAAAUAAAGAUAUUUGUUUUUAUUAA